AUGGGUGGACCAAAGAUCGAGGACGAUGGCGCCACUUCCUCCACCAUCUUCUCAGAGUCAAAUUUCGAGACAGAAGAAAGACUCUCAAUCCAGAAGCCAAGUCGCCUCGGCGACAAGCGUGCCAGCCACAUCAGCAUGGCUUCCACAGACACCAACCCGCAGGACUCGGCAGAGCCAGAGCUCGUCAACAUGGACCAGAUUGAGGAGACCGCAACAAGCGACCAUGCUGACACUCCUCCACCAGCGGCACCGGACAUCGCCAAGUCAUCCAAGGCUAAGUGGAAGGACCUCUUUGCCUUCCUCCAGCCCUGGCACUACAUCGUCCUCGCAUCCGCCCUCCUCGCAACAGCAAUCCAGGUCGGCACCGAGAUCGCGACAGUCAUUCUGCUCGGAAAGGUCUUCGAGGAGCUAGCACGCUUCGCAGCUGACGGAAAACAGCCCCCCAAAGCAUUCGACAAUGUCAUGUACUGGGUCCAUAUCCUGGCCGCCGUCGCUGCCGCCCACCUUCUCUCCAGCUUCUGGCUCCUCAAGUCUUGGAUCAAGUAUGGCGAGCAACAGGCUCUGGGCGCCCGCCUGAGACUCUUCAAGUCCAUACUACUCAGGGAUAUGGCCUGGUUCGACUCCUACGGAGAUGGCAUGCCGGCCAUGUUGACUGCGAACGAACGAAAUAUACGAGAACUGCAGAUUGCAAACAGCCAGGUCAUGGGCUUCCUCGCACACGACUCGAUGCUGUCUUUCGCUGGUGUCGUGGUCGCCUUCAUACACGGCCCUCUAAUGACCACUGUCAUCAUCGCGUCUAUUCCCUUGAUUGCGCUGCCAAUGCGAUUUCUGGGACAGCGGCUGGAGAAAGAGGUCGUUGCGCAAAAGGCGGAGCAAGUUGGUGCUAACAGGGUUGCGGCCGCGAGCCUCACCGGAAUCGAUCUGGUCAAGGUAUACAACGCCAAAGAGCACGAGUUGUACAGCUACAAACAGUCCGUCCGAGCCUCCGGAACCCAUGCCCGCAACCAGACACGGUGGAACGCGCUGCAGACGGCCUUCCUCAAGUUCUACAUGAUCAUAAUCUUCGUCGUCGGCUUCUUCUUCGGAGUCUUCCAGGUCACUCAGGGAGCCAUGAAGGUUGGCAACGUACUUGUUACUUUCUAUGCCGCCCUGACCACGUUCCAGGGCAUUGAAGGCCUGGGACCUCACAUCCUGACCCUGAUCAAGGGCAAGGCCGCCGGGAAAGUGUUGGAAGAUAAUGCGUCUCAACGUGAGCAUCGAAUGGACGGAGACCAGAAGCCUGGUGCUGUGCUGGGAAGAUUCGAACUCAAAAACGUCAGUUUCGCGUAUCCGUCGAACCCAUCAAUACCGGUGUUGAAGUCGGUGUCGAUGGAGAUCAAGCCUGGCAUGACAAAUUUCAUCAUCGGACGGAGCGGGUCAGGGAAGAGCACCAUCACCAACCUUUUCAUGAGAUUCUACGACCCUUUGGCCGGAGAUUUGUUCCUUGAUGGUGUCCCUCUUCAGACUCUGAGCGCCUCAUGGUUGCGUCGGAAUCUUACUCUGGUGCAACAACAGAGCACCCUCUUCAGCGACACCCUCCGCGCAAAUAUCACGCUCGGCCACAUCUUCCCCGAGUCUGUGGGUCCCGAAGAGGUAAAGGCCGCAUGCGACAUGGCACUCUUGCAAUCGACUAUCCUCAACCUGCCCGAUGGGCUCGACACCAUGGUUGGAUUGGGUGGUCACAACCUCAGCGGCGGCCAGAAGCAGCGCGUGGCUUUGGCGCGGGCAAGACUGCGAAGCGCGCCAGUGCUUAUCCUCGAUGAAAUUACCAGCGGCCUGGAUCCCAAGUCCAGGCAGAUGAUAAUCGAGGCUAUCAGAGUCUGGCGGGCAGGGAAGACCACCAUCAUCAUCACCCACGACGUUGAACAGGUCGGCGAUGACGACCAAGUUUUCGUCAUGGAAGACGGUGCUGUCAAAGAGUCGGGCAUUUGCAAGUACCUCCUCUGUAUGGAAGAGAGUUGCUUCUCUCAUAUGCGAGCACUUGGCCCGCUGCCCCCCGGUUUCGUUAGUGGACAGAAAGAGAUUGCGGGAGAGUCUGGCAGUUCCUCGGACUCGGACUCGGACGAAGCGUCCAGGGUCCCGCUGUUCUACAUGUCUGGCACUGAGGGCAGCAUGUCGACCAAAUCGCGCCUCAACAGGAUAACGCUGGUGCCGCCAAGCGGGAGUUCUGGCGUGAGACAGUUUUUCGAGCGACGCCCCAUCACGGCCGGUCUUUUGCCCAAGGGCGACGUACUCCCCAAAGGGCCGCUACAUGGCCAAGACUCCUCUCGAAAACCAUCCCAGCAGUCGCAGCGUCGCAAGAGCAGUCUUGAGAUUCUCCAAGACCAGGGGCUAUCAGCACGUGCAGCCAGGCUGGGGACUAGCGGCCAGGCAGAGUCCUCGAGUCCGCGGAGAAGGAUCAGCCUUGUGCCCCAUGACACCAUCGCCAAGGAACCACUCCCCAGCCCGCCUGCUGCUGAAACGGGACAAGAAGCGGAUAAGAAGAAGAAAUCGAGGUCGAUAAUCCAAGUUUUGAAAACUGUAUGGCCUACUCUCGACAGAAAACACCGCCUCUAUGCUUCUGCGAGCCUUCUGGGCUGUGUGGUUGCAGCCGCUUGCAACCCUCUCUUUGCAUAUGCCUUUGCAAACCUUCUGCAGGCCUUCUGGGCCCCAGGAGACAAGCUGAGGGUUGGUAUGCAGUGGGCUCUGGUCAUGGCGGGCGUCGGCGUGGUCGAUUUCGCAGCCCUUUUCGUCGCAUUCUCCCUUGCCGGCGUCGUUGCCCAGCAGUGGGUGGACUCACUCAAGGUCGAUGGCUUUUUUCGCAUCCUCUGUCAGCCGCGGGCUUGGCAUGACAAGUCGACAAACUCACCCAGCCGAAUAUGCGACAUCCUCGACCGGGGCGCAGAAGAGAUGAGGAGCAUCGUGGCCCAGUUUGUGCCGAUUGCUAUCAUGGUUGUGUUGAUGGUCCUGACGGGGCUGAUCUGGGCCCUCGCCAUCCUGUUCAAGCUGGCCAUGGUGGUUGUAGGCAUGCUGCUGUUCGCCGCCAUGACCGUCUACUACUCGUCCCGCACGAGCGACAUAUGGGAGACUAGGUGCAACAGCGCCGCCGAGUCUACCGGCUCCCUGUUUGCCGAGGUGGUCAGCAACAUCCGCAUCGUCCGCGCCUUUUCGUUGGAGAGGCACUUUGCCGAAAAGUUCUCCCGCAGCAGCCGGGACGUGUACAGGUUCGGGAAGCAGCGGGGAUGGCUGACGGGUGUGUGGUAUGGUCUUCACUGCUCCAUCAGCGACUGGAUCAUCGUCAUCAUCUUCUCGUACGGCAUGUUCCUGGUCACCAACCAAGGCGAGGCUUCAGUCAGCUCCGUCAUGCAGGUCGUGAACCUGCUGCUUUUCACCACGGGAAACGCGAUCGCCAUGCUGGGCAGCAUCCCGCAAAUUGCGGCCGCGCAAGCCAAGGCGAACCAGAUCCUGAACUUCGCAGGUCUGCCUCUGGAGUCCACAUUUGAACAGCAAGGAGAAAAGAGGAUUCUGACACCAUUUCCGAUCAUCUUCCGCGAUUUGCGCUUCGCAUACCCCAGCCGACCGUCGGUCAGGGUACUACGCAAUGUCAACCUUACGAUACCAAGCAAUGGGUGCACUGCCAUCGUGGGCGCCUCGGGCUGCGGGAAGAGCACCAUCCUGUCCUUGAUUCUGCGACUUUACGAGCCUCCAAACAGCCAGUCAUCUGCGGGCGAGCUAGCAUUGUCGACAGUGGACACCCCACAGGAUCCUAUCUCUCAGCUGUCAAUGGGAGCUGGCACGCGGAGGGCAUCGGUCACAUUCAAUUCUGAGCCACUGCUUACAUUCGCUGGCAUCGAUGCGCGCCAAGUUUCGACUGGAGCACUGCGUGCCAAGAUGGCGUACGUGCCGCAAAACCCGUUUCUGUAUCCCCAAACGAUCGCAGCAAACAUCACGUACGGUCUUCCUGAAGACGCUACUCUGCGCUCGCAGACCAACAUUGAGGAAGCGGCCCGAGCUGCCGGAAUCCACGACUUUAUCGUCUCGCUCCCACAAGGCUACAGCACCGUUGUCGGCGAUGGCGGCGUCUCUGUGUCCGGUGGUCAAGCGCAGAGACUAUGCAUCGCUCGCGCGCUGGUUCGGCGACCUCACUUGCUAGUUCUUGAUGAGCCUACGAGUGCUCUAGACGCAGAGGGCCGAAAUCUGGUGCUCGAAACAAUAUCGAAUCUAGUAGGCGGCCAUGGAGCCAAACCCCGGAGUGCCAGCGCCAUGGCAGAGUUCCCUAUCACAAACACGAGGCCGCGCUCAUCGGGAGUGGGCUUCUACUUUGAUGAGGCGACACACCAGCGGCACCAGAAGAACCCGAGCUACGGCGACAGUCAGCCCACCAGCCCCGAUUGUGGUGGCUCGCGGAACAUGGCGGUUGUGAUAGUCACGCACUCUCGGGAGGUGAUGAGGACUGCGGACCGCAUCGUGGUCAUGGACGGAGGGUGCGUGGCCGAGGAGGGCACCUACGAUGGCCUCUUGACCUCUCGGGGAAAGCUCGCCGAGCUUCUCGGGGGCAUCACGCGCCCACCGCCAGGACCACGGAAGCUGUCGGUCCAAAUUCCCAGGGUAUACCUCGAAGGUUAUGGCCCGGCCUCGCACCUGGACUCGUCGGAGGCCCCAGAGGUGCGGACCAACGUAAAUACCAACCCUCUGAUGGCCCAGGCGCGGGCAAGAAAUCAGUUCUUCGGUGAGGGGGUAAACUGGCGCCAGCAGAGCUCGUCCUAGAAGGACGAGGACUACGACGACCCCUUGGAUCCAGGCGAGCCCCCGCGAGCCGCUGCGAGCUCCUAUAUCUGGCCCGGGUCGUAUGGCAGCCCAGCUAGGAGGAGUGGCGAUGGGAAUGUGAGAAGGAGUGACAUCUGAGUAGCAUGGAAGGCGAAUUGCUAGGUGUAUGGCUUACCACUGGGCUCUGGUGCCCUGUAUUCUUGGUCGAUGCGUGUGGAGAGAAGUUACAAAGGGUAGACACUGGUGGGUUUUUUUUGUCGUGUGGGCUCGUGGCUCUUUGCAUUAUAUAUCGUCGUACAUGCACUUUCAGCUGGUUGGCGAACAGCAAGAACUGAAUUUGGGGACAGGUAAUGAUGGAGCAGUCAUUACGACUUUCGCCUGGUCUUAUAAGUAUAUUCUCUCAGGUACCUAGCAGUUUAGACAGUACUUAACGAUGGGCGUAUCGAAUCUCUCCCAGAUUGGGCCUCCCGGUAUGGUAUAGUUCUAGCAAAUUCGGCGUUAAUGUGUGACUUGGAGCUG